AUGAAAAUUAUAAUUCUCUUGGGGCUUCUGGGUGCCACAAUGUCAGCUCCGCUUGCUCCACAGCACCUUAUGUCUGCCAGCAACAGCAAUGAGUUACUUCUAAAUCUUCGUAAUGGUCAACUUCUGCCACUACAGUUUCAGGUUCCAUUUAAUUCAUGGAUUUCUCCUAUAUCUGGGAUUCCCCAACAGCAGCUGCAGACUCAAAUACCUGGUCUCUCCCAAUUCUCUUUAUCAACUAUAGACCAAUUUGCUAGACUGUUCCCAAAUCAUGUACCAUUCCCAGGACAAAUCAGUUUUGCCCAUGGAACCCAAGUGAACCAGUUGGAACCCUCACAGCCUCAAACACCAUCACAAACUCAACAGGGCCCUAACCAUGUUAUGCCCUAUGUAUUCCCCUUCAAAAUGCCUCAAGAGCAAAGACAGAUGCUUCAGUACUAUCCAGUUUACAUGCUCGUACCCUGGGAAGAUCAUCAACAAACAGUCACAGAGUCACCUUCACAAACACCUCCACAAGCAGGGCAGCAGCAAUUUGAAGAGCAGAUGCCAUUCUAUACUCAAUUUGGAUAUAUUCCUCAACAAGCAGAACCGGUUAUGCCAAGAGGACAGCAGCAAGUAGCCUUUGAGCCUUUCAUAGGCACAGCACCUGAAACUGCUGUUAUGCCAGCAGGAGGAGUGAUACCACAUUUACAGAAAAAAACGACAUACUUUAAGCAUACUAGUAUAGGAAUUUUCAUUCCUUCAACUUCACAAAAACCUACCACAACAAAUUUUGCUUCUGCUCUAGACCCAACUCUUACCCCAGAGCUCAUGGAAGAGAAGGCCAAGACUGAUAGCCUAAAGGAACCAUAA